AUGACGGACAAGUUGGUUCUGCAGCUACAGUCACAUGUUCCCAACAUCGACCUCAAGCUCAUAUCGCAAGGAGCCGAGGCGUUGGUGUUUGAAACCACGACUCACCCAUACUCAUCGUCGCCCAGUCUACGGAACGCAUCGCAAUUCAUCAUAAAAUACCGACCACCAAAGCCGUAUCGACACCCCAAAAUCGAUGCCCAGAUCACUAAACAGCGUACUUCAGGCGAGGCGAAAUUCAUGUACAAAUUGAGCAAGUUGGCGAUACCUUGCCCAAGCUUGAUACUGUGCGAUUUUAGCCACGGCAUCAUCUGGAUGGAGCAUUUGGGGAAAAAUUUACCGAACGGCAACAUCAGCUCGUUGAAGAACUGGCUUUGGUAUUUAGAGAAGCUGCUGGACACCGAGGCGCGAUGUAGUGGUGACGAUGUGCAGCAGUUGUGUUUUGAAGUGGGCAAGCUCAUCGGGCGGCUCCAUUUGAACGAUAUGAUCCACGGCGACUUGACUUCGUCGAACAUAAUCCUAGAGGAGCAAGACCUGGUAUGGGCGCCCGCGUUGAUUGAUUUUGGACUCUCCUCGUUCUCGGGUCUCCCCGAGGACAAGGCAGUGGAUCUUUACGUGCUUGAACGAGCUGUAGAUAGCACACAUUCCGACUUUGCUCAGCUGUACAAUGCGUGGAUCUUGCAGGGCUAUGAAGCUGCUCACGAGUUGAAGCGAUUCAAAAAGUUUGGCAAGAAGAAGCACUUGGAAACUAUCAAGAGAUUAGAAGAAGUGAGACUUCGAGGCAGGAAAAGAAGCAUGCUUGGAUGA